UCCAAGCUAUGUUGUUCAACGUCCUCACCGAAAACUGCGCAAGGCAUUACGUGAGCCCCCCAAUGUCAUCAAAAGAUUUAGUCUACCGUACUUGGCAGAUGUUCUUGCCUUCUCUGCUAGCUUAUCAUUUGAAACCAUUGCGGAGUUGCCGGUACCGAAAGAUCUAAAGGCAAAUCCUGGAUUCUUGCCCUCUCCAUCCGUCGGCACUUGCGCAGCAGGGGAAAAGAGAAGACCACCGCCAAGCCCUCACAACACCAUCUCGAUAUCUCGAUCCUUGGUUACUAUCCUCUUCAGCAACAAAGAGCUCAACACCCCCUCGAUCCUAAUAAACUCAUACAUACAUAAAGACACUUUGUAUCAAUCCUCCCUCCCGUACGUAACGUUUGAACAGACGAAACGAAGUUCACAGAUUAGCAGCGCCUCCAUUUUCCACAACUUCAGCUAAGAUGGCUUCGAUAGAGAAGCAAGCUCCUCCUAGCAACAUUGUUGCUGGCACAGGUACAUACCGAGAUGGGCUCACAGAACCAGCCAAGGACAAUCGGUAUAAGACAGAAGAUGUCACUGACACAAAGGGUCGAGAUUUUGAAGAUUUCUUCCUCAAGCGAGAACUAUUGAUGGGGAUCUUCGAAAAGGGGUUCGAAAAGCCCAGCCCAAUCCAGGAGGAAGCUGUGCCUAUUAUCUUACAAAAUCGCAAUGUACUUGCAAGGGCAAAGAAUGGAACAGGAAAGACAGCGGCUUACAUUAUCCCAUGCUUGGAAAAGACAGAUACCACACUCAAAAGUAUCCAGGUGCUUAUCCUAAUUCCAACUCGGGAACUUGCCUUGCAGACAUCAGCUAUCGUCAAAGAGAUCGGAAAGCACAUGGGUGUUCAGUGCAUGGUUACAACUGGAGGUACCUCUCUCAAAGAUGACAUUAUGCGUUUAUACAACCCUGUCCACAUCAUUGUGGCAACGCCUGGGCGUAUCUUAGAUCUGGCGUCCAAGAAAGUGGCCGAUUUGAGCCAAUGCCAAACAAUUAUCAUGGACGAAGCAGACAAGCUUCUCUCGCCCGAAUUCCAACCAGUGUUGGAACAAAUCAUUGGCUUGUGUCAUGAGGAGCACCAAAUUUGUUUGUUCAGUGCUACAUUCCCAGUCACGGUAAAAAACUUCUGCAAAAAGUCCGUCCCCAAUGCCUACAGUAUCAAUCUGAUGGAUGAAUUGACCCUCCGAGGUAUCACCCAGUUCUAUGCUUACGUCGAAGAGAGGCAGAAGGUCCAUUGUCUCAACACACUCUUCUCAAAGCUGGAGAUCAACCAAAGCAUUAUCUUUUGUAACUCGGUCAACCGAGUAGAAUUGCUGGCAAAAAAGAUUACCGAGUUGGGCUACUCGUGCUACUACAUUCACGCCAAAAUGCAGCAGGCAAACCGAAACCGCGUGUUCCAUGAAUUCCGCAACGGAGCAACAAGACACCUUGUGACAUCAGACCUGUUUACACGCGGAAUUGAUAUCCAAUCAGUGAAUGUGGUUAUCAACUUUGAUUUCCCCAAGAAUAGUGAGACCUAUUUGCACCGCAUUGGUCGAUCGGGACGCUUUGGGCAUUUGGGUCUUGCGGUGAACUUGAUAACCUACGAUGAUAGACAUUCGCUGCGAAGAGUAGAACAGGAGCUGGGAACUGAAAUCAGAGCCAUUCCUCCUGUGAUUGACAGAAGCUUGUAUGUUGGCUAGACCGACCAUUUUGGGGGGAGAGAUUAGUGCCUGAUGGUGGCAACACUGUUGGGGUAACAUGAACUCUCCUCCUUUUUUAAGCAGGCAGGGGGUGGGGAUUAAGAAGGCGAUGGGAGACUUUGUUUGGUUUCCUUAACAGGUAACCCCCCUCCGUUUUUUCUAGUACACAGAAUUGCUUUAGGACAUAGGAGCUUCAGGCAUUUUGUCAACGAAGGCUUUCGGAGCAACGGUGGGUUGCAUUAGAGCUGAAGCCUUCGCAGCAACCAAAUCUGGAUCCGGUUCGGUGGAUAUUUUCCCUACUAGCUAGCUAGUACUAGUAGUCGUACCAUCUCCAACCCCGUUCUUCGUAGGUAACACUAACCCCAAAAUCAUUCGCG